UAAGGCUGCCUGCUCCUUUCCGCUGUGCUGAGCCCGCUGAAGAGUCGCCAUGAGCAAGGCCCACCCUCCCGAACUGAAGAAAUUUAUGGACAAGAAGUUAUCAUUGAAGUUAAAUGGUGGCAGACAUGUACAAGGAAUACUUCCGGGCUUUGAUCCCUUUAUGAAUCUUGUCAUUGAUGAGUGUGUGGAGAUGGCAACUAGUGGGCAACAGAAUAACAUCGGCAUGCUGGUCAUACGAGGAAACAGCAUCAUCAUGUUAGAAGCCUUGGAAAGAGUCUAAACAAUGGCUGUUCAGCAGAGGAGUUCACAUACUUCCCCGAAGGACUGUUUGACUUGGGUGUAAAAUUGGG